AAAACCCUAAUCUACAUCGUCGCGACCUGACAAAUUCUAAACUUCUCCUAAAACAUCGACGCCGAUAGUCGCCGUCAUAGUUUCUGACUCUAAGGAGAUAUUGAAAAGGGAAAAGAUGAAGGAAGGCAGAAAGCUGAAGAAGAGUAAUGUCCACAAUGGUUUGAACUCAAUUAACAAAGGGUUUAUCUUUGUUUCAGCUGAAGUGGUUGAGAAAGUGCAGAGGAAGACGAAAGAGAAAGUGAGCAAUGUUGAACAUCCUCAAGCUACAGUACAAGCUAUUUCAAGUGGGAAGCCUGAUAGAAAGAAGAUUCAGAAGAGUAAAAAUAUUGCCGAGGAGAUAAGCGAGCCGAAAGCUAUCUCAAAUGAGAAAAUCAAAGGUAAGAAGGGAAAGUUGAACAAGACUAAGAAUAAAAGGAAGGCCGAUGAGAUAUCUAGCGGUCCUGUCGAUGAUGAGGAUAAUCAUCUGGUAAAACAAGCUGAUGAUAACAAGGCUUCCAAUGAAAUUGUGGAUAAUAAUGGAACUGAAAUAAGAAACCGAAAUUCUAAGAAAUCAAACAAAAAGAAAAAGACCUCUACAAAAGAUAAUGAGAUAUCUUCAGAAAAGAUGAACAAAGUUGAAGAGGAGGAAGAGGUUUAUGAAAUAUCUUCAGGCGAUGAGGAUUGCUCCAGAGGAAUGAAAAAGUGGGUUGCAGGGUACUAUGAGAGUAGACCCGGUUUGGAUGAGCUGCAAAAGAGAAUUGAUGACUUCAUUACUGCUCAUGAAGAACGCCUUGAACAGGAGAAACAAGAGCGAGAAGCUAAAGCUGCAGAAGGUGGAUGGACUGUCGUUGUGCAUCACAAAGGAAGGAAGAAGACAACAGAGGCUGAAUCUGGAACAGCCGUUGGAUCUGUUUCUCAGGCUGCUUUGGAAGAUAAGGUUUCUAAGAAGAAAAACACUGAGAUUGUCGGUCAUGGUUUCUACCGUUUCCAGAGGCGAGAUGCACAACGAAGUGAACUCUUGGCGCUUCAGAGUAAGUUCGAAGAAGACAAGAAGAGGAUACAACAAAUUCGAGCUGCCCGUAAGUUUAAGCCUUACUAAGAAACAAACAGAUCCUACAUGGAUCUUUUAUUAGAGGCUUGGGAGCAAUAUAAUGAAUCCUUUUGUGAUCAAUUUUUGUACUUGACAAUUUAAUGAGCUUUUUUUCCGUCCAAUUAAACAAAAUGGAAUAUUUCCACCCUUGGAAGAUUAGAUAUUAUCAACCUUUUGAAUUGAAUUCAAAAGUUAUUUAGUUGGAUAACAUUUUUAAAGAAGAGUAAAAAUUUGGAACUUU